AGGAUUCAAGUCUCGAUUGGAUGUCCCGCAGGAUAGUGGAUGGGAUAUCAUCUAAUGUAUUGGGAUAUAACUAUUCUGCUAAUAUUUUAAUAUUUUAAUUGAAAUAUUUUUUAUUUUAAAUAUCAAAAUGGGGUGGGAUGAUAAUGUAUUAUAUUUUAUGAAAAUAUUGAGAUAAUUUUAUCCCACGAGAUCUAAAAUCUUACGAAAAUUUUACAUGACCAAAGAGUACAAACAUGCCGGCUAUUUGAGCGGUGCUAUAUUCACAUCAGCUCCCGCUUUAACCUCCUGCUCUGGUAACCCCAAAACCCAGCUCACGGAAGAAGCAAGCCAUCCACUCUCCCACUUGUACCGAGAAAUGGCAACGAUGGUUCUAUCCGUUCGUCCCUCCGUUGGUUCACUGGCUUCGUCCUCUUGUCUUCAAAGGCGGGGCACUGUAGAAACCUCCUCCUCUUUCCUCUUCCGCUUUCCAUCUCUUCAAUCCCCUCCGCUCUCCAUCUCUUGGAGUCAAUCGGCCGCGAACUUUCGGCGGGGCAGCGGCUUCUUGGUUGCGUGCCUCCCUCCUGCUCCCAAGAGCGCCAGCAGAGCAUCCACCAGGCUCUAUGUUAGCGGUCUUUCCUUCCGUACAACCAAGGAAAGUCUGAGAAAUGCUUUCCAGAAUUUUGGUCAGCUUAUAGAAGUUACCCUUGUGAUGGAUAGAAUAGCAAACAGACCAAGAGGCUUUGCCUUUCUUCGUUAUGCCACUGAGGAGGAAUCCAGAAAGGCCAUUGAGGGGAUGCAUGGGAAGUUCUUGGAUGGCAGGGUCAUUUUUGUUGAAUUUGCAAAACAAAGGUCAGAACUGGGCCAGGGCUCCAAACCAAGACAUUCACAGCUUUUUCCCAUCAUGAUGUUCUAUCAUUCCAAAAUCGGACUGCAAGAUCGUUUCGGCCUAUUAAUUCUUCAUUGAUGUAUGAUUACAAGAUCUCAUAUACAUCUGUUGAAUAAUAAAUAAAAUGGAUUCCAUUGUGGGCAUUUUGCCAUUGACACUGAAAUGUUCAGAUAUAUCCUGUUAUUAGUUGACUACGAGGCUGAGUUUUAGACCC